ACAAAGCCAACAGAUUGCCACAAAAUAAAGUUGAAGUUGAAAGAUCGAUUAUUUCAUCAAAUCCGUUUAUCACUUACUUUACAGAAAUGCAGCUUUUGAAAGUAUUAAAACAUGGCAAAUAUUCCCACGUAAAGUAUUUCAGUACCUGCACUCCAUCACGAGCUCACCGGUGGUUCCCGGACGCCGAGUACAUGAAGCAGUUCGCCGGCCCCGUCAUGUGGCCCACGCCCGAGUCCAGCAAGUACUACAAGAUGUACUACAACUCUACUGUAAAACCUGUAGAGCGGAAGUUGAAGAACAUGUGGAUCAACUUCGGCCCCCAGCACCCUGCGGCACACGGCGUGCUACGGCUCAUUCUCGAGCUAGAUGGAGAGACGGUACUGCGCGCCGACCCACACGUUGGCUUCCUGCAUCGAGCCACGGAGAAGCUAAUGGAGCACAAGCACUACAACCAGAACAUACCCUACGUGGACCGCAUGGACUACGUCUCCACGCUCGCCAACGAGGUCGCCUUCUGCCGCGCCAUCGAGAACCUGCUCAACAUCGAACCGCCGCCCCGAGCCAAAGCCAUACGGGUCCUCCUCUCCGAAUUGUCCAGAAUUGCAAAUCACUUGUUAAAUGUCUCCGGGACGGUGCUAGACGCUGGAGGCAUCACCCCGUUCUUUUGGAUGUGCGAGGAGCGGGAGAAGCUGUACGAGAUGUUCGAGCGGGUGAGCGGCGCGCGCGUGCACUGCAACUACGUGCGGCCGGGCGGCGUGGCGCAGGACCUGCCGAUCGGCUUCUUGGACGACGUGUAUGAGAUCUGUGCCAAGAUGGGCGAGCGCCUGGACGAGACCGAGGACCUGGUGUCGGAGAACCGCCUGUACUACCAGCGCACGGCCGGCAUCGGCGCGGUGAGCGCGCACGAGGCCAUCAAUCUCUCCUUCACGGGCCCGAUGCUGCGCUGCACGGGCGUCAAGUGGGACCUGCGCAUCGCGAGCCCCUACGACGGCUACGACCAGUACGACUUCGACGUUCCCGUCGGCACCUACGGCGACAGCUACGACCGACACCUCCUCCGAUUGGCUGAGAUGCGGGAAUCGCUGAAAAUCAUUAACCAAGUCAUCGACACCAUACCUGAAGGUGAGAUACGGACUGAUGACUGCAAAAUUAACUUACCACCGCGUGCUGAAAUGAAGACUAGUAUGGAGUCGCUGAUUCAUCAUUUCAAGCUAUGCACGGAGGGGUACCCGGUGCCGCCGGGCGCGACGUACGCCGCCACGGAGUGCCCCAAGGGGGAGAUGGGGGUGUACAUGGUGUCGGACGGGACGUCGCGGCCGUACCGCGUGUACCUGCGGGCCUGCUCCUUCUCGCACUUGGCCGGGCUGGCUAUAAUGGGUAAACGCCUCAUGAUAGCCGAUAUUGCCGUUAUUAUAGCGACAGUCGAUGUUGUUUUCGGUGAUAUAGAUCGUUAGAUAGCUUCUUAUAUUGUCUAAUAGG